GAAUGCCGACCAUGUUAAAUUGCCCUUGGGAGUGUGUAAGACCCGUCUGUGAGAUUGGAUCGGGUCUUAAGGCCCACUUAUUGAAAUUGCAACGUAUUUGUCACGGAAAAAAAUGGAAACGUUCUAGUGAAACAGGGCCAAUAUCCAACUACUGAAUCUUGGCCCCGUUUAUUGGCUGAUUGAGCUUUAUUGAUGGCAUCAUCCAGUUCCCGGUUGGCCCAGCUGUACGAAUGCGGACAGUACCGUCCGUCUUUGGAAGCUAAAUUAGCUUCUGGUGUCGAGAGAUCUCGUAAUAAUUCAAGUCAAAGCUUUUUCCGUCUUCAAGUAUUCCCUCCUUCUCUCAUUUUCUCAUCCCAAAAACCCUCAAAACCCCCAAUUUUCCUUCUAAGUCCUACUCCUUUCAUUUCUCUUCCGAUUCCCAACGACAACCCUAACCGUUUUUUUAUUCCAAUGGCGACGAGAAACCGGACCCUCCCGUACAAAAAGCACAGGGACGCAUUAAAGAGCGUUCGAGCUCCUCUCUCUUCCUCAGCGUCCGGUUCCGGUGGUCCGGUGAUUGAAAUGGUUAAUGCUUCUUUCCGUCACUCCAAUCGCUCUUCGUACACUCCCCUCAGCACCGAAGAAGAACCUGGUCCUUCAAGCAGUGGUGCGUUUACGGUAGGUUUCCCUCUGGCGUGGGUUGACGAUUCGGAAGAAAUAGCGGCAAAUAUUCAACGAGCUAAGGUCAAGAUAGCGGAGUUAGCCAAAGCUCAUUCCAAGGCUUUAAUGCCUUCAUUUGGAGACGGCAAAGAAGAUCAACGGGCUAUUGAGGUUUUAACCAAAGAAAUUACUGAUCUAUUAAGGAAAUCUGAAAAGAGAUUGCGAAAGUUUUCGAGCAACGGAUCUUCCGAGGAUUCCAAUCUCAGAAAAAAUGUGCAGCGUUCACUUGCAACAGAACUUCAAAGUCUAUCGGUGGACCUGCGGCGAAAACAAUCAACUUAUUUGAAACGGCUACAGCAGCAAAAAGAGGGACAGGAUGGUGUUGAGUUGGAGAUGAAUUUGAAUGAGAACAGAUAUAGAUUGGAAGACAGUGAAUUCAGUGAUGUGGGUUUUAAUGAGCACCAAAUGAGCAAGCUGAAGGAGAGUGAGUUCUCAACUGUAGAAAGGGAGAGAGAGAUUGCUCAGGUUGUCAAAUCAGUAAAUGAGCUUGCUCAAAUCAUGAAAGAUCUCUCAGUCCUUGUGAUAGACCAGGGCACAAUUGUUGAUCGGAUAGAUUACAAUAUCCAAAAUGUAGCUACAUCAGUCGAGGAGGGCUUCAAACAGCUUCAGAAGGCUGAACGAACACAGAAGAAGGGAGGGAUGGUGAUGUGUGCGACAGUGCUUGUUAUUUUAUGCUUCAUCAUGAUAGUCCUUUUGAUCCUCAAAGAGAUAUUCUUGUGAUCAUAUUAUUGUACGGUACAAACAGCACCUUCGCAUCCUACUUUGACAUGAUUCAUCAUGUGUAUAUUCGGAUCUGCAAUCCACCAAUGAUGAUCCCAAGGAUGAUCUCUAUAGGAAUUUUGAAACUCUCAGUGGUUGUGGCUUGUGGGGAAUUUUACCAUAGUUUUGUAUUGCACUUUUUUCUCAGAAGUUUGUGUAGAGAACAUUAUAGGAAAUCUAUUCAAAUAGGUGCUAGAAUAUCGAUUGUCAAGUUCCUUUGACACUGUAAUGAAGUGAGUUUUACUAGUAUCAAUUCUUUGUGCGAAUUUCUCUAACCAACGAAAAAAGCGCAAGGCAUACUUGGGUUGUCAUGGACUCUUGAUAUUCAAGUGGCAUGAUUAUGCUGUCCCUGGUUUGAUGCAAAACUACAUGGUUCUAGCCUUCUAGGAUAUUAUGAUUAAUCCGUUAUCUACACGUUAGACAUGAGGGCUUAAUCAAGGAAAGUAUUUUGCAUUCGGACCAAGCCCUGUUUGGAUUUGGUCCACCUCUACCUGUAGAUAUCCUACUAUUCGAAUCUGGGCCUUCGUCCGGAAAUUUUCUAAUUCUAUAAAUUUAUAAAGGUUUAUUCGGUCUAUUUAAAAUUUAGUUGAAAAACAUUAAAACUUACGCCUUGUUUAUCGGAUGAACUACUUGAACAUUUUGUUACCUCUAACGCUUUAAGGUUCUAUCUUUAUCUUAGAUUCGAUGAAUAAACGAUCGAGUUCAUCUCAGGUUUAAUUAAUAAAGAUGAAAUAAACUGUCCAGUUCUAUAUAUCUUCAUCUACGAAAAAUGCAAGAAUCCAACCUAUGAAAGACAUGAGUUGCCGAUUGGUAACCAAUAACGGGCACUUUUAAUUGUUAAA